GAAACUAGCUUGUAACGAGGACGGCAGCAGUCCCGCGCUGUGCCCAUGGCUCUGACCGCCCAGGUGCCGCGGUUAUUGCCGAUCGGGCGCUCAGGACAGGGGAAAGGCACUGCCUCCUGCGGGACUCCGGGACGCGGUCAGUGCCGCGGGGACAAUGGAGCUACCCCUGCUCCCUGCCUGGCGCCGGGCCCGCCGGCUGCUCCUCCCCGCCGCGGAGCCGCCCCGGCGGGCGGGCAGGGAGGCGCCUCCGCUCUGCGCCUGCCCGGCACCGCCGCCCGCCCCCAGCACCGGCACCGGCACCAGCACCGCAGCAUCCCGGCCGCGCCUCCGCCGCGAAACGCUCCUGGCCCCGGGGCUGCUGCGCAGAGGGCUCGCCGUGUUUAGGGCCCCGCCGGGAUCCCAUCGGCGCGGCUUCUGCGAAAGACACCGCUCAUCGCCGGCCAUGGACGGGGACAGGGUGGAGAUAGACGGCGGGAUCAUGGAGGGGGGUGGGCAGAUCCUGCGGGUGUCCACGGCGCUGAGCUGCGUGCUGGGGCUGCCGCUGCGGGUGCGCCGGAUCCGCGCCGGGCGGAGCCAGCCCGGCCUCAGACCUCAGCAUCUGUCUGGAUUGGAGAUUGUUCGAGAUCUGUGUGAUGGGAAGCUGGGCGGUGGAGAAAUUGGCUCAACAGAAAUAACCUUCACUCCUGGGAAGAUCAAAGGUGGAACCCACAUAGCAGACACAAAAACAGCAGGGAGUGUGUGCCUACUGAUGCAGGUAGCAAUGCCCUGCGUGCUGUUUGCUGCUUCCCCAUCAGAGCUCCAUUUAAAAGGUGGCACUAAUGCGGAGAUGGCUCCCCAGAUAGACUACACAGUCAUGGUUUUCAAGCCAAUAGUUGAAAAGUUCAAUUUCAAAUUUAAUUGUGACAUAAAAAGGAGGGGCUACUAUCCUCAAGGAGGUGGUGAAGUUGUAGUCCAGAUGUCUCCAGUCAAAGAGCUGAGCCCAAUAAACUUAACAGAACGUGGCACAGUGACAAAGAUUUAUGGAAGGGCCUUUGUUGCUGGAGCACUGCCUAUCAAACUGGCAAAAGACAUGUCAGCAGCAGCAGUGAGAUGCAUCAGAAGAGAAAUCAGAGAUCUUUACAUUAACAUUCAGCCUGUCAGAGAACCUGAUGAUCAAGCUGUUGGGACUGGCAGUGGAAUAAUCAUUGUUGCAGAGACCUCAACAGGUUGUUUGUUAGCUGGGUCAUCACUUGGCAAGAGAGGAAAGAAUGCUGACAAGGUUGGCAUUGAAGCAGCUGAGAUGCUGCUUCAGAAUCUUAAGCAUGGUGGAACUGUGGAUGAUUCUCUGCAAGACCAACUGAUCAUUUUCAUGGCACUAGCAAAGGGAGUGUCUAGAGUGAAAAGUGGACCAAUUACACUUCAUACUCAAACAGCUAUACACUUUGCAGAGCAGCUAACAAAGGCCAAAUUUACUGUGACAAAAUCAGAAGAGGAAGACCCUGGUAAUGAUACCUACAUCAUUGAGUGCCAAGGAAUGGGGAUGAUUAACUCAAACUUAGAGAGUUAAAAAAAAAAAGGCAGCAAGCUUCCAAAAGCAACACUCAACAUACCUCAGUGAUGUAUUGCACUACACUUCAUUGGAUUAUAAUCUGCCUGAAGAGGAGGAGCCUUCUCUCACAUCAGGGUGAUUUAACUUGAAGGUUGAUGUCAAGCUUUUCCUUGGUAUGGUGAUAAUCUGUCAUGAAAAACAAAAACUACUGUUUUUUUCUAACUAUUGGCAGCAAAAUGAGUAGCAACAAAACAGCAAAUAGAAUAUACUGUAUGUACGCAAGAGCUUCAGUUGGGAGCUUUGAACUUUACCUAAGUAGAAAAUAACUAUUUUAGUUCAGUAUUUCUUGCCCUUUUAAAAAAUUUAAGUUUUAUUCUCUGGAAGCCUUUAUGUUAUGAGGUACAUGGACUACAAUGCACCAUUAGAUCUGUAUUGCUGUUCUUCCUUAGCCAUUUGCUAAAUAAUAAAGCAGUAUCACCCUAUAAAA